AUGGCAUUGGGGGACAUGAUGGCUUUGCGAUUGUCCCAUUCUUCGGCUUCGGUUUCCAGCCACCUAGAUGAGUAUUCCGGUCGGGAAGAUGGAGAGUCCCAGAGGAAGGACCCGGAGGCCUCCACUCUAAGCAAUUCAGCGACUGCAACGAGCAUGUCUUAUCUACCGCACACGCUAGUGCUGUGCGAGCUCCGGCACGAAGGGUUUGAGGCCUUCGUGCCCUCAGGACCUCCAGAGUGUGGACCUGUCUCCAAAUGGCGCCCAAAGGACCGGGUAAAUCUGUAUCCUAGACUCCGUUUCUUAGAUAUGCCGUUCAUAAUUAAUAUGGAUGUCCAUAUUUCUUUAGUCUGAUCACCUAGUUAUCCGUACUUUAUAAACAAUACCUCGUCUAGUCUUUGAAAAUCAACUAAGCUCAUCAACUUGAAGAGGAAGAAUAGAAAGGCAGCUCUGCGAUAAUGAUGACGAAAGAACAAAUUAUCCUCGCUGCGACUUUUCUGGGGAUCAGUUUCUGAAAGUUUCAUUCACGUCUGUGUCAUUCACUCCGUCAGAUAUGUCUUCCUAUGCAUCUAUUGGAUGCCUUGCUUUCUUUCGUUCUUGAAUGAAAAUGGCAGACCCUGAAGUUUGAAUAAGACUUAGCCUCACUCGCAUGGCAAGUAUCUCUCGUUUUUAUGCGAAUCACUUAUCAUAUAUCCAUUAAAAAAAACAUACAUUUUUUGUCCUUUCAUUGAUUGAUGGAUAUGAACGAUUCUAUUUCGUGUAUAUGCGACGUCAAUUGGCAUGCGCAUACGUCUUUAUGGUUUUGAUAACCAGGCAAGUCCGUGAUUUUAUCUUUUGGUGGCAUGUCUUCUGCGUCAUUUAGUAGUGGCUUGUCUCCUGCAUCUUUGUGGAUUGGCUCCUGCUAGCCGAGAAAUUUUAUCUAUUCAUAUGCCUUCGCACUCAUUGUUUCCGUAUGAUGCUUUAACAUGAUUCGCUACUCAGGCAGAUUUUAAUAUUCUGGCGGCCUUAGAUGUAUUUCAGGUUUAUUUUUUCCAUGAAGUGAUGUCCGGUUCAUUAUUAAAGGAGACAUGUAUUAAAAAAUAUUUCGAAAGAUAUCCUUGUAUGGAACGAUAUAUGGGAGCUUGUAAAUACGAUUUAUGACAUGAAAUCUUCUAAUUUUAUGGCAAAAUGCUAGGGAAAGGUAAGAUUGUGCCUAUUUUAAUAAUUUGCUCUUUCCUAUCAGUGUCCUGUUCAAAGUGUAUGGGUCCUCACUAUCGUCCACAUCCACUCCUCUGGACCAUUUAACGGAAGAAAACUAACAGCUUUGCCAAUGAUUGUCGAUAAAUCCCUAAGAUAGCUAAUAUCUUAUCCUCAGUAUGUCCUCUAAACGCAACUUCCGCAUCUGCAGCUAGGUUGUAAGGUGAAAGGAAACUCGUUAUUCUGAUGCUGCUAGAGAUUGUGGGUACCUAUGGUUGCCAAUAUGAGCUCUAGCAUGCCCACAAACUUGAUUCAAUACCUUGACAAUUAUAUACAUAUGAUCUAUGAUUUUAGGAAAAGUAGGUUUUCUACAUUAAUGCCAGUGAACUUUUAGAAAAUCACAAUAACCUAGCCUUAGGUAAAUACACUUGACAGUAAGAUUCAAUGUCUUACCACGUCAAAAGAGAACACAUUCAAUAAAAACCAUGUAAAGAUGAUGACAGUCUCUUGCCACUCUAAAGUUAUCACAGGCUCUCGGAAAAACAUAAUCAUGCUGCCAGUGUAGAAGGGGACAUCCUUGGAUUUUUUUAAUGUUUUCCAAUUCUGAGUAUUUUUUCCACCAUUUGGAAGCUUUGUGGCACUUAUAAUAUUCAAAGAUUUUUUCUUUUUGUGAUUGAAUUACAUAAGGUCAUCAUUAAUUUAUGAUGAUCAGCUUCCUAGAAUAUCUAUACCCCAGCACUGCAUAUAAUUUCAUGCCGGCUCAAUGUUGUUUUUCCCUUCUAUUUUGUGAUCUCAUCUAAGUUCAACACUCCUUUUAACCAUGAAAAAGGUUAUGUUUAGGGAUUUUCUUACGGUGUUGUUGUUUACAUCCAGGGAAGAAAUACAAGUCAAACUGAAUUAUUCGUUGAAGGAAAAAUCAAUCGAAUUUGGACAAGUUUGAAUUGGUUUUUUGUUUGUAAUCUGCUUGUUACGUUCAAUUGGAGAUCGUAGCAAUUUUUCUCAAUCCUUAUUUAUCUUAGAAGUAAAUGACUAUUCAAAGUUUUCACGAUUCUGCUGCGUAAGUGGCCUCAAAGUUUUUCUGUGGGGUUUCUGAAGAGCUGUUGUUGAGCAAACAUUCUAUAGUUAAGUCAAUUGAGUUAGGCUUAUUGACAUUUCUUUUUAAAAUAUUCCACUCAGCAUACCUUUUAGGGGAACUGUAGGGAGAAAAAAGUUUGCAUAUUGCAGAUGUUUAAGUGUCUUGCAAAAAUCCAUCAAUUGGGGCGUAUUUUUAUCUAAUGGUCAUGAGUAUUCACUUGUUCGGUACACUUGUCAAAGAUCCUAGCCUAUGAUUGAAUAUAAUUUCUUUUUCUUAUCCUCACAAAAAUAUCAUCUUAUCCUAGCCUAUGUACAAUUAAUGUUAGAUUGUUUUGAAUGGUGUUCUUUGGAGACAGCGGCUUCAUGCUGUCUGGUUCAACAGGCUAGGGUCUGAAAAUCCAAGAUGUUGUUGUCUGUAUGUGUUGCUUUUAUUCCUGGUACUGCUGCUCGAGGGUGUGAGUUGGGUUUGAGUUGUCGUGUCUCUUUGUAGUUCCUUUUUGCCCUUUAUUGGUGCUCCAAAGGUGAAAUCUUUCAGUGACUCCAUACUUGUUGCGUCAUCCCAUUCUGAGAGUGGUGCUUUCCCAACUUCUCAUGAGCGGCUGAGCCAGUUGCUAAUCAUUACAUUGAGUCUUGCUCCAUUCUUGUCCACGUUAUGUCAUUUUUUAGGCUGCACGCAUGUGUUCUCAUAUGCCACCUCUUGUGGCCUGCAACUAUGGCUCAGUAUUGCUGACCAGAGGUGACUGCAGUGGAGCAGCCACGAUUUGUAGUGCGUCAACUGGAUCUUAUCGCACCAGUGAAGAUCUUCAUGGGAAAAAUAGUAGGUUUUCUUGUGUGCGUGUUGAGCAAAAAUAAUACAGGGCUAUGCAAAAAAUGUGGUAAAAUAAAACGGUCUUGAGUUAUUUUGCUUAUUUUGUGGAGAAAAAAUAUUAUUUUCGAUUUUUAUUUGCAAAAUGGUCAUCGAAGUUGAGAUGAUGGCGGCAUGAGAAGUGCUGUAAGAAAAGUAACUAUUUCUUCCUUCUAGAAACCCAGUGCACUAAAUGGACACUAAUAGAAGUUCUGAUUCUUUCUGUAAGAGUCACUGAGCUAGAAUUUUAUACUCAAAGAAUGAAGAAAUGAAAGACUGUAAAAUGACACGGUUCUACUUGUAUGAUGCUUUUUCUUAUAUCCUUUGUUUUGCUUUUUAUGGGAAUAAUAUCAUUGGUACUGAAACCUUGUCUUUAAGAUCGGUAUAUGAACUCCACUCUUGUUUCGAUUUAGUUUGCCAUUACUGUGAGAUGUUUGAUGCAUACUGUGCUUAACGAAGGAUUGCUGUCUGUCAUGAUCAGCUAUGUCAGCAUGUUGUUUUUGUUUGUUUACUUGUCAUCUUCUUCUAGCUAUAUAGUUAAUUUUUUUUUUCUCUUUAUAAUCCGGUUAUACUUUUGCAAUGAUAUGGUGCAAUAAUGCGUUUGUUUCUGUCCAUUAUUUGUGAUUACCUUUUUGUAUGAAUACAAGAUGUAUUGCUCUACUUACUGUAACAUUCUAACUUGCUCAGGAGUUAACUGGUAAUUUUAUAAUGCAGAUGAAGACUGGCUGUGUAGCGCUUGUGUUAUGCUUAAAUAUUGGUGUUGAUCCACCAGACGUUAUUAAAAUUUCCCCUUGUGCGAGAAUGGAGUGCUGGAUAGGUAAUCAAUGCAGCAAAAGAAAACACGUAUAAUUUCAUCAUUAAUUCAUGACUUGGAACUGCUUCUGUUUUGCUUUCAUUUUGAUUUAUUCGUAAGUGAGGAAAUGCCUUUAUCCUUCAUGAUUUGGUGGAUGAUUGGUUAGUGGCAGAAAUAUUUUUCCCGUAUAUUAUUAUCAUUUGAUUCAUAACAUGGAAAAGCACACAUGAAAGCUAUCCAUAUCCAAAGGACCUAGUUAUGGCUUAUGGAUGAUCGAGUAAUUUGACUAAUUGCACAUCUUUUCUUUUUCUCUUGACUUCUGGCUAAGAAUACUCUUGCAAGCCAGAAUGGGAGCUGUAAUAAUACAAUGUCUCCAAGAUGGUCAUAAUUGUCAUUCUAAACUAGUCUUUAUCCGGUAGUCCUGUUAUAUUCAUGCUAUAUUUAAAUGAACACCGGUUUCUAAAAGUCUGGAGAAAUAGCCAUCUCCGCCUUUCUUUCAGCCCUCCCCAGUGCUCCCGAAUAAAAAGAAAGAAAAUCGAAAUUCUAAUGCAGUAUCUUAUUGGCUGCAAUACUGACCUUGGACCAAUAUCUGGGACAUUGGUACCUCCCUUGUGUGUAAGGUGAUUUUAUAUAAAAUGGUUUUGUUGCAAAUUGCAUAAUAUGUACAACGUGUGUGCAUCAGUAAAUCUUUGUCAUGUGAUUCGGUCGAUCUUUGCCAGACUUUUGACCCCAUAAUUAAGUGAAACAUCAACCCUGCCACAUGGGCAUGCCCAAGUCAAUUAUAGAUGUCAAUACUUGUUUUAAAAAAUUAAGUCAUAUUAACAUCAGUGAGAAUGUUGUGAGGGCUGCACGUGAAAUGCUUGAAAAUAUAUCAAAAAUCCAUAAUGAUAUCCUAUGGAUUUUUGAUUGAUUUUAUUUUGACUCAUAAUCGUAGAGGCAGGCAUGUCCUCGGUCGUAUGUCUUAUUUCUGCAUAUUGAUGCGUUUGACAUGCCCAAGCCAACAAUCUACACGAAAUUUAUGUCCCAGGGAUCGCAACUUUGCUUGACUAAUAACAGUCCUUGCAGUCAUGAAUGAUAGAAGAGGGACAACUUUAGAUCCUUUGAAAUUUUUUGUCUCUUUUGGUUUUUGUUUGCAUAUUUUUCCUAAUAUUUUGAAUUGUUUCAGUCUGUUGACAUGCAACCAUUGUUUUUUUUAUUGACUCUUGAAGGGAUAUUUAUGUAUUAUCUUUUUGGUUGCAGAUCCAUUUUCUAUGGCUGCUCCAAAGGCACUUGAAACAAUUGGAAAAAAAUUGCAUUCUCAAUAUGAGCGAUGGCAACCUCGGGUUAGACAAUUUAAUCUCUAGAAUGCUACAUUUUGUCCUUAGAUCCAGUUAUAAUAAUAUAUUCUCCUUGCAGGCUCGUUACAGGCCUCUGCUUGAUCCUACCGUGGAGGAGGUGAAAAAGCUUUGUCACAAUAGCCGAAAGUAUGCUAGGUCAGAAAGAAUUCUGUUUCAUUAUAAUGGACAUGGUGUACCAAAACCUACAGCUAAUGGUGAAAUCUGGGUUUUCAAUAAGGUCAUGGCUUUCAAAUAUUAUUCUUGCUAUUUGUAAUGGAUUCAUUUCCUUUCGCAUUGCUCAGGGUACUGAUUAUUUCAUUACUGUGCAGAGCUACACACAAUAUAUUCCGUUACCAGUUGGUGAUCUUGAUUCUUGGCUUAAGACACCAUCAAUAUAUGUAUUCGAUUGUUCAGCUGCAGGAAGGAUUGUUAAAGCUUUUAAUGAGGUUCAUAUUUCAUGAUGUUGGCGUGUUCUUUUGUUUUUUAUAUGGCUGAGUGAUUAACAUAUCUCUCGUGGUAUCUUUGUUUUGAGAUCUCUUUCACUGCCUUAUAUAGAUUUUUCUCCUUAUGUUUGCAGCAGUGGAGUUUGUCUGGUGCCACUCCAUCUACUGCAAGGGACUGCAUCUUACUUGCUGCUUGUGAAGCACAUGAGACUCUUCCCCAAAGUGCUGAGUUUCCGGCUGAUGUUUUUACUUCCUGCCUGACAACACCAAUAAAGAUGGCCUUGCGUUGGUGAGUUUGUUGUUGUUUGCCUGAUUAGUCGUAUGUUCACUGUCUUUUCUUUUAAACUUAUAGAAAAACUAUCCAAAUGUAAUUGGAAUGUCUUUUCUCGCUAGCCAUUAUAAAGUUGACACUUAGUUAUUUCGUCUUGAAUACAAUGGUGAUUUUUUUGGUCAUCUCUUAUAGAUGUUUGUGUUAUUUUUUGCUGAUAAUCGCUGAUCAUUUCUCCGGAUUUCGUACAAUUUAAUAAUUGGAAAAUGGUGUAGAAAUCGGAAGAAAGAUGGCAAGAAUGGUCUUGCUUUAGGUUAAAUAGAUCUUGGAUACUGCUUUUCAUUAUAGUAUUCAAGAAAAUGGCAUGAAUUAUCUGUCUGUUAUGUAAUUAGUUUUAUGAGUGUAUGCAUAAUGUCUCUGGAUCUGUAAUCGUAGUUCUGCUAUUCUUCAACGCAUACUCUUUAUUACAUUUGCAUCAUGUUUGAGGGAUAAAUUCCAUGCUCAUGCAUUUUUUCUGCUGAAAAAUAAUUUAAUGAUAUCUAUCGGAAAGUUGCUUCUGGACAUAAACCUUUUGGAGAACUAAGCUGCAUUUUUUGUUUUACCUUGGAAUCGGGUUAGCAUUUUGUGAAGUUUUAUUCAAAGGCAAGUUUGAAGACCGAACAAAACUAAUUCUUGUCAUUUAAUGUUCACUGAACUGGAAUUUCUUUUGAAAGUCAAGGCAAAAGUUGUGGUAUGCAUUAUUAGUUAUGUAUUGGCUGGUUGAAUCGUAGGACCUUAUAGUUGCAAUUUUUUGGGAAAUAAUCGUUUAUCAGUAAAGUUUCAAAUUCUGCAUUUGCCUCUGUUUAUAUUCCUUCUGUAUUCUUGUAUAAAGUUUGUGAAACCCAACCUAGCUUACGGCUGUUAUGCGUUGGAUUUUUUUUCUGAGACCUCUACCUUUUCUUAUUCAGGUUCUGUAGCCGUUCAUUGCUUCAUGAUUCGCUUGACUACUCUCUGAUAGAUCAAAUUCCUGGCCGUCAGAAUGAUCGGAAAACUCUUUUAGGGGAGCUGAACUGGAUUUUCACUGCCAUUACGGACACAAUUGCUUGGAAUGUCCUUUCACCUGGUGUGCACUUUGAUUCUUUACAUAACUAACUUUGUGAAUUUUUAGAUUUUUUAUGUUUACAUCAGGAUAUAGAAUGGAAGACUAUGAUCCUUUUUUUCUAUUUAAAGCAUAUAAUUAAAAUGGCAUAAACUUCUACCAAACAGUAGAUAAAUAAACGUAGCCUCACCCUUCUGGUUACAAGGGUUAAUCAACUUCAAAAAACUGAUCUGAACUCUCUGAUAUUGCAUUAUGUGCAUCACUACCUAGCCCAUACAUGCAUAGUCAUGGACUUAAAUCUCCUUUUGCACCUCAAAACUCGACGGUUUUUUUCCCUGGAGGAGAGAACAAAUUAAGCACUCGGUUGUUCUGCAGGGAUUCCUUCAUCAGAAGCUCAGAAUAAAAAGGGGGAAUGGAAGAGAAUUAGAACAUUCAGAAAGAAUGAAUAAAAAAAUAAGAUAUGAACUGUUCUUAAUCUUGUCUUUCCUUUUUCCUUUCAACUCUUUCCACUUUUGCACUUUCCUCCUAUCUCAGUGAUUCUACAAAUUAUCUCAGUUAUUGCAAAUGAAUGGAACAAAAUUUUUAAAAUUUUCUAUUCUCGGCAAUGUUGCCAUCUCCAAGGUUUCAUCUAGCUCGCAAUUGAAGAGGCUUGUUCUUGUGGCCAUAGUUAUUGUUAUAUGAAUUGCUACUAAUUUAUCCAUCGUCACCGUUAAUUGUCAUGGCGCAGAUAUUUUCCAAAAGCUCUUCAGGCAAGAUUUGUUGGUUGCUAGUCUGUUCAGAAACUUUUUGCUUGCUGAGAGAAUUAUGCGAUCUGCCAACUGUUCUCCAGUAUCUUCCCCCAUGCUUCCUUCUACUCAUCAACAUCAUAUGUGGUAUGGCAUGAAAUUACUUUCUUAUAUCUAUAUAGAUUACCUCUCUCUCUCUCUCUGUAUAGAUUACUUUCAUAUGUGUGUGUGUGUGUGUGUGUACAACACGUGUGCAUAUUGUAUAUCCCUUAUGCUCAUCUAAAUAUUUUGCUACAGGGAUGCAUGGGAUAUGGCUGCUGAAAUCUGUCUCUCUAAGCUUUCGUCACUUUUUAGGGAUCCCAAUGAAGAGUUUCAGGUUCUAUUUAAUGAUCCUUUUAGCAUGGUUUUUGAAGUCCAUCUUAAAAGAACAUUUGGCAAUCAAUUUAAUCCUAACCUAAUCCAGAUUGUUUUUAAAUGUUGUUUUACUUAACAUUUUCUCAUCUGGAUAAGUGAAGGCUUGUGCCCCUCUCUGAUGUCCUCAGUCUUCUUUCAGCCUAGCCCAUUUUUCACAGAACAGCUAACAGCGUUUGAAGUAUGGCUUGACCAUGGUUCUGAACAUAAAAAGCCGCCAGAGCAGCUUCCAAUUGUUCUUCAGGUGUGGUACAUGCCCUUAACUUUUUUUUAUUUUCUUUUACUCAUUAUUAUCUUAUCAGUUUGUCAGCUGCUUUAUUGGUUUCAAUUGGAUGUUGAAAGUAGUUGUGAGAUAUUUCGACUAAGGUCUCAUAAUUGAUGGAUGAUGUGGAAGGAUAAUAUUAAUAUGUCCUUAAUUGACCAGAGUGUUGGAAGAUCAGUUAUUUUUUGGCUUGAGGUUAAUCUUUGAUUUCCUUAAAAUUAAUUAUUUAGAAACACAAAAUAUAACUAUAAAUCUUCCAUCGUCUGCAAUUCGGAGCGCUGAAAUAAUGGCUCCUGAAAACUCUGCCUUGCUGUUGAAAGCUUGGAAACUGUGGUAGAAAGCACUGAAACCUACAAAUUCAAUGUUGAGAGUAAAUAACUCUUUGUCACUCUCCUAGGACAUAGAUAUCUCUUUAAAUAAUUUAGGAGCUUAUAUUAGCUGUUGGGGGACUGGGGGUUAAACGUUCAAAUAGCCAUCAGUAUGAGUGCUAAAAGCUCUUUUUUUUCUUGUGAUCAUACGGCAAGUAAGGUCAACUUGUUUAAAAGGACAGAUCGGUCUGGCCAUGGUUUAGCCAAUUAGAUUCAAUUGGGACGGACCAACCUCUGGAAGAAAACAGAUCAUCAAUAUUUACGUUUAACUUUGCUGCAAUUAUAUUUUUGUUUUUUGUUCAUCUUCCAAACAUGUUGCCUAGAAUCUCCAAUACCAUAGUUUAUAGGUCGGAACAAAAUUGCAGAGAUUAAGCACGUGCCUACAACAUUCAUAUCUUGAGGUAUCAGCUGUGCAUCCCUAACGAGUCGUUCCAUCUUAAUGGUAGAAUCAUAUUAUUGAAAGAGCUCUAUGGGCUUGAGGCUAGGCGAUUCACUAUCUUCAUGUCUGUCUCAUUCCAUCCUGCUUCAUGUUGUUUUGUUUUACGAUUUAGCUAUGUCUACCCAGUGCAUGUGAUUCCUGAUGGAAACUUUUUUUUGCUAAGAAAUUAUAUUGAACAAUAUUACAAAGAUAAGAAAAACCUACUUCUAACUCCCGGUACAGGUAUUAGACUUGACGAGACAGACUGUGCUGAUGGGUUGUUCGUUUUGAAAGUGGGAUGCUGAUAAGAUUUUAUAAAUUUAGGAACAGAUUUGCCUCAUACCAAUAGAAAAAACACCUGAUUAUACAUAAUUACGUAAUUAUUGUGUAUACUAUCUACAGCUAUAAAAUAUUUUAUUAAAACAAUGUGUGAUGGUGUUGUCCAAUGUUGACAUUGUUAGGACCAAUUCUCUUGUUUUCCUUUAACAGAAGAAGGUAUCCAUUUGGUUAUUACCUCUUAUCUGUCCAUCUUUUUCCUCAUUAUUGGUCAUGUUUCCAGCAGAAGUAAUAGUUUCUAUGUUUUAUUGAUUAAUGUCGUUUUCACCUUAUUCGAUUCGAUCAUUGAGCUAGUUAUUUUGUUUUUUUUAAACGUAGUUGAAGCCAAAGUUCGUUGAUUUGGGAUAAUAUGUAGAAAAAUAUAUUAAAAGAAUAAUGAUGGAGAUAUUCCAUAAUCUAUUUUCUCACAAUACAUACUCAAGUGAUUGUACCAAAUUAAUGUGUGAUAAGAUGCAUUCUAAUAGCGAUUAUCUCAUGAACCUUUUAUUGCGUCAAUACUGUAUUUUGCAUGUUACAGCGCGAGAAAACAGUGCUCUCUGUGAAUAUCAUCUCAUAUUUAUGUUGAUCAAUAAUUUUAUCUUCUAUUUACAGUUUAUUUGUCUUUUGUCUUAACUUAUUAUUGAUUUGUAUAUAUUUAUAAUUCGUUAUGUUGUUGUUGAUGUUCCACUUGACAUUUUUUUUCCUAUGUAGGUUCUGCUUAGUCAGUCCCAUCGCUUCCGGGCCCUUGUACUUCUUGGUAGAUUUCUGGACAUGGGUCCCUGGGCUGUGGAUCAGGUAUUUCUUUAACUUCUUCACGUCAUCUACUUUAUUUACCUUACUGUUUUUCAUUGUCACCUUUUAGGCGUUAUCUGUCGGAAUAUUCCCGUAUGUCCUUAAAUUGUUACAAACAACUGCUAUGGAGCUGCGGCAAAUUCUUGUCUUUAUUUGGACCAAGAUUCUUGCCCUUGACAAGGUAUGUAAAGUUCUAACUAGAUUGCCAAAUGCAAUUUACAGAGACUGGAAUUAAUUUUCUUAUGGCAUCUUCUCAAAGGCGACUGCUAAGUCUUGGCCUAUUAUUGUAUCCUGUAUUUCAUUGUUUCUCGUCUGAGCUAGUUUUUCAUGUGAGGAGUACGAUAAGUUUUAUCAAAUUGGUACAUAUUUUGAAGACUAUAAUUACUUUAUUUUUUGCUCUUCAGUUUUACCUGACAUACAGAUAAGUGACUUAUAGAUAUUUUUCUGGAAAUUAGUCCUGUCAGGUUGAUCUGGUUAAAGAUGGGGGGCACACAUACUUUAUCAAGUUUCUGGAUAGCAUGGAUGCUUAUCCCGAACAGCGUGCAAUGGCUGCUUUUGUGUUGGCUGUUAUUUCGGACGGACACCGGCAGGGCCAGGAGGCCUGUAUUCAGUCAAAUUUGAUACACGUUUGUCUCAGACAUCUGCAGCUUUUGAACCCUCAUGAUGCACAGAUUGAACCUUUACUUCUUCAGUGGCUCUGUCUUUGUCUGGGAAAGCUGUGGGAAGACUUUCCAGAAGCGCAGAUAGUAGGUUUGCAAUCAGAUGCACAUGCAAUUUGCGCACCUUUGUUAUCUGAGCCACAACCUGAGGUUGGUCCGUUUCUAGAAUCCUUCAUCACAUCUCUGGUUUAGAGUUACGAUUCAAAUUUUGACUAUGAGUCUACUCGUUUCAGGUCAGAGCAGCUGCGAUUUUUGCACUGGGUAAUCUUUUUGAUGUUGGAUCUGGCUCGUCCAAUGGACUUGGUGGGGAUGAUGACCGUGAUGAUGAUGAAAAAAAUAAGGCCGAGCUCAAUAUCGUUCAAAACAUACUACAAGCUGUGGCAGAUGGAAGCCCUCUUGUUAGGGUUGAGGUUGCUGUUGGUAUGUUGACGUGCUUUUGUGUUGUGAAUUUCUAAAUCUCCCAUAAAUGUACUUAAGGGGGAUCUGGUUCAAGAUGUUGAGAUAAUUUCAACGAUGAUAUAAGAAAAAGUUAGCCUGACCUUGGAACAGUCCAAGGGUUAAUCAAAACGAAUAGGAUUUCCUUUUUACCAAAAAAACGUACCGACUUAUCUCUGUUAUGCUGAACGUUGAACUAUUAAAGUGAUAACCAGCUGAAUAUGAUUUGAUUUUCACCAAAAGCCAAUUUUUAUUUAUUACUUGAAUUUAAAUGUUUUUUCGUUAAAGUUUUCAAGAAUGAAAGUGUGGUGGAUGAUCGUAGAGAUUUAAUUAGCGUGUACAGAACUGUGUUUUAGUUGGUAAUAAUAUGAUUGUGCUUUGAAGUGACUUCGCCAAAGGUGACUGGUUACAAUGAUUGAGGUAGGACAUGGAUAUUCGUCUUUAUAAAGAAUUGGUGGACUGAAAGGUACAAAUUAGAUGUUAUACAGUGUUGUUUCUGUUCCGUAGAUGUUAAGUUAGAGAGGGUAGGUUGGAAACAUAGAAGAAGAUUUUUUGCUUUAAAAAUUCUGCUUAAAUUUAAAAUUCUGAGCUUCUUCGCGAGCAAACUUUUUGAACUUGUUAGUGGCCACAGGGAUUAUCCUCUGUUUGAGAAUUUGUGAUCUUUCUACAGUAGACUGCAUAUCUGCCAUCAACAGCUUAUCUGUUUACCCGUUUUAUCAUGUUUUUUUUUAGUUCUCAAUGUGCUUCAACAAAGUGCUGACCGAUCAAUCAUGAAAAAACAUUAUUAUUCGUAUACAAUGCUCACAGUGGUCAUGCCUUAUGUGUUAUGUCUAUCAGCGCCUCGGAAGGCAUGAAAUCUUGUUUCCUUGUCUGGUUUUCUAAUCCCAGAAUGUUCGCUUGUGUGCUGUUACAUAAGCUAGUAGUUUUGGCGUUUUAGAAUUGCGCCUAUCUAUUGCAUCCAUUUAUGCAAAAAUGUUUUGUUUCAUGUCAUCUGUGGAUAUGCCUUCAUUCUGCAAUAUGAAUUAAAGUAAUUUUAUGGUUUACAGCUCUUGGGCGUUUCGCCUUUGCCCACAAUAAGCAUUUGAAGUCAAUCGCUGCAAUUUACUGGAAGCCUCAAUCUAACUCUCUGCUGAGCUCCUUACCUUCAUUGGCUAACAUUAGAAGCCCAAGUCAGUACAUGCAGUCAGGGAUUUCCAUUUCUUCCCAAAUUGGCCCUGUUUUGAGAGUUGGUAGUGACAACAUGUCUACAAAUCGAGAUGGGAGGGUCUCCACCAGUAGCCCACUUGCUUCUGCUGGAAUUCUUAACGGUUCUCCUCUGUCUGAUGAUUCCUCUCAACAUUCUGAUUCUGGCUUGUUGUUGAAGGAGAAUGCUAUCAAUGGUGUAAUGAAUUUUUCUAGAACUACAGUGUCGGACAAUCCAGUUUAUUCACAAUGCGUACUAGCCAUGUACACCCUUGCCAAGGAUCCAUCUCCUCGAGUCUCAUCUCUUGGCCGACGAACACUUUCUAUCAUUGGUAUUGAACAAGUGGUUACGAAGACAGUGCGACCUAAUGGUGGAAGCAUUCGACAGGGAGACUUAUCUGCUCCUACUCAAUCACCUGGUUCUAACCUUGCUGGACUCGCACGAUCAUCCUCGUGGUUUGAUAUGAGUGCUGGUAUUGUUCAGUUUGUUCUUCCCGUAAUUUAUGUUGUCAGGCAUGAAGACUUUACUCAAUCUCUUUUUUCGUUUCUGCAGGUCACGUACAGUUACCAUUUAGAACUCCUCCUGUUAGUCCCCCUCGACAAAAUUUCUUGUCAGGAAUGCGGCGUGUUUGCUCGUUGGACUUCAGACAGCACCAGUUAAACUCUCCAGAGUCGGGAUUAGCGGAUCCGCUUUUAGGUUCUUCAGGAUUCUUCGGAGCUUCAGAGCGCAGUUUGCUUCCACAGUCAACCAUCUACAGUUGGAGUUGUGGUCAUUUUUCAAGACCACUUCUUACCGCAACGGAUGAUAAUGAAGAAAUUUCCCCGAAAAGAGAAGAUAGGGAGAGAUAUGCAUUGGAUCGCAUUGCCAAAUGCCAGCAUUCAUGUGAGUGGAUCCUGACAAUGCAUUUCAUGCUUUUCUUUGACUGUCUCUUCCCUUGCACUAAUCUUACUUAUUCCAUUUUUGGCCAUAUUCUGGUUUCAUUUUUGGUAAGAUUCAGCUGGAAGCAAGCUUAGCAAUCAAAUUGCGAGUUGGGAUACCAGAUUUGAAACUGGCACCAAGGCUGCGUUAUUGCUACCUUUUUCUCCAAUUGUUGUUGCUGCCGACGAGAAUGAACGAAUCAGGUAUUCAAUCUUUCAUUUUUCUGAUCUAGCUUUUAUUAUGGCAUAUAUCGCAAAAUGUGUACAGGUCACUUUUUUUGGUGAUCAAUGUCAACUCUAAUCUAUAUGUAUCCACUGGUUUUCUAUUAUGACAUGGGGACGAGUAGGAACUUUUGUAGUGGCUACAUGGAGAAUUACCAAGGACUAGGCAUACCACACACGCACACAUGCAUAUAUGCAUACCUACAUCAGAAUAUAUGAGAUAAAAGUGAUAUCACCUAUUGUGCCUAUAAGCAUAUUCCUCUCUGGGAUGCGACUGGCGUUAUAGUCUUACUUUCCCUGAUCAUGGGCAGUAUAUAUGCUACUUUGCCAUCCACUAAAGUUCGAGCUGGUGAAAUAGAUUUUAUUUUUGGUUGAAAUAAUAUGCCUGUUUUCUUCUAUCAAGUAUGGUGACAGUGAUAUAUUCUCGUAUUAUCCGAACAAAGGCUUAAAGCCUGAUGUGAUUGCCUAAUGGAAUGGGAUUAUCUAACUGCAGAUCUGAUACUGUGUUUUUUUUUGGCUAUAUUAAUUAUUUAGGGUGUGGAAUUAUGAGGAGGCUACAUCAUUAAACAGUUUUGAGAACCACGAGUUCCCUGACAAAGGAAUUUCGAAGCUUUGCCUCCUGAAUGAGCUCGAUGACAGCUUGCUUCUUGUUGCUUCAUGUAGGACCUCUAUCCAGCUUACUUUUCUGAGCUCCUACUUGCUUCAAAUACCUGUUAUUUAAUGAUUUGUCUGACUCCAUACUUCUUGAAUAUAGCUGAUGGAAAUGUUCGGAUAUGGAAAGAUUACGCCCUAAAAAGCAAGCAAAUGCUUGUCACUGCAUUCUCUUCAAUUCAAGGUCAUCGACCAGGUGUUCGCGUUACAAAUGCUGUUGUUGAUUGGCAACAACAGUCCGGUUAUUUGGUACGUCCUUAUAUUCUUCAUGCCAGUUUUAUACUGUUAUAUCUUACUCUGUUUUUUUUAUAGAUAUGUUUCUUAUACUGUGUAUUCCAUUACCCUAUUCCGCAGUAUGCUUCUGCUGAGGCCUCUCCAAUCCAGAUAUGGGAUUUGGACAAGGAGCAGCUUGUUAGUUCUUUUCCGUCAUCUGAGAUCAGCAUUUCAGCAUUGGUGAGUUAUCUUUUUUGAAAUUUGGGCGUUGUUGAAAUAGAUAAAAAAUAAAUCUGUAUUUGAUUUCCCUUUAGUCGUCUUGUACUAAUUCAGGUUGACUAGUUCUUUCUCAAUAAGUACACAUUCCUGCAGGAAAGACGUUUGCAUGUGUACCCAACAUGUACAGCUAUGCAAAUAACAUGGCAAUUUUUCGGUUCGACUGUACUUUAUUUGUUUUUUUUUAAAAAAAAGAGAAAAAUAUCCUUUAUAGAGAUAACUAGAGAGACUCUUCCUUGGUAAUCAUGUAAUUUAGUCCUAACAGCUGUGAAAAUUUAGAACUCCUUGCUCGUGUAAACGAAAUGAUAUAUUUAGAUCAUGAUCGCUCAGUUCUACGGGUCUUUGUAUGAAAGAUCACAUCCUGUGUAUUUGGAUAAGAUUCUUCAACUCGUUGCAGUUGACCUGUCAGUUUUUUCGCGUUUCCCUGUUUGGUUGACGAAUUUCUUUUCCUCUUCUUGUAGUCUGCUUCUCAAGUCCAUGGUGGGCAACUUGCUGCCGGCUUUGUUGAUGGCUCUGUUAGGUUAUUUGACAUUCGUACUCCAGAGAUGUAAGCUACAUUCUAAGAUGGUGUUGCCUGUUUUAUCUAAGAUUCCAUGUUGAUUUUCUGUCUCGUGAUUGGUUGCCGUGGGUUUUGUAGGCUUGUUUCUGCAACAAGACCGCAUACCCAGAGCGUUGAAAGAGUCGUCGGGAUUGGUUUCCAACCUGGGCUGGAUUCAGGGAAGGUAAUGAAUGGCUCCUGUUCAUUCUACCCUACUCGAUUCUAUCUUUUGCUGUUCUCACGUUUACUUGGGGAAAAAUCCCAACAUAAAUCUAGUUCAGCUCAAGAACCAAAUCUGUAUCUGCAACAGAGGGGAGCCUUUUGGCUGAUCAUUUUUUUCAAUGCGAUUGCUUGCAAUGGGUUUAGUUUGUUCUGGAAUUCACUGUAUCUCUCUCCAUUGAAACAUAAAUAAAUAAAUAAAUAAAUACAUUUUUGUAGAUCUUUUACGCGGCAUGUGAUGAGCUGAUAUUUUCCCAAAAAUGAUAUGAUCUAUCCUGUUGCUUCCCUCGCAGAUCGUGAGCGCCUCUCAAGCAGGGGACAUUCAAUUCCUGGACAUAAGGAACCGCACGGCGUAUCUCACUAUCGAUGCCCACCGGGGCUCCCUCACGGCCCUGGCUGUUCACCGCCACGCCCCCGUCAUCGCCAGUGGCUCCUCCAAGCAGAUGGUGAAGGUCUUCAGCCUGGAAGGUAAACAGCUCAGUAUCAUCAGGUACUAUCCGACCUUCAUGGCGCAGAGGAUAGGCUCCGUCAGCUGCCUCACAUUCCAUCCCUACAAAGUUCUGCUCGCCGCCGGUGCAGCCGACGCCUGCGUCUCCAUCUAUGCCGACGAGGACUCUCAAUUGAGAUGA